CGCCAGGCGAGGAGGUAGUUCCGGUUCCGGCGUGGUUAAUUUCGUUCUUGGCGUUCAGUUGUCGCGGUUGGUGGGCAGUAAGGGUGGCAAGAUGCUGCGGAAUCUGCUGCGUUUUCGUCAGAUUGCCCAAARGACCAUCAGCACUACUUCACGCAGACAUUUUGAAAAUAAAGUUCCAGAGAAACAAAAGCUGUUUCAGGAGGAUAAUGGAAUUCCGGUGCAUCUAAAGGGUGGAGUAGCUGAUGCCCUACUGUAUAGAGCCACCAUGGUUCUUACAGUUGGUGGAACAGCUUAUGCCAUAUAUGAGUUGGCCAAGGCUUCUUUUCCCAAGAAGCAGGAUUGACUUCAGUCUUCUCAGCAAUCAUUUGGUUCAUUUUAAUUCAGCUCUCUAUGGACCAGUACUCUAAAUAACAGAGCUCUUCUUUGGGGAUCAAUAUUUAUUGACUUGUACUAACUGCCACCAAUAAAGCAGUCUUUACCAUG